AUGGUAAAUACUCCGCCUUUCUUCUCGAUCCUCACUGUCCGACCUUCACUCCCAACCCUCGAGCUUGAAUCCGCCGAAGAACCGGACGCUGCCAGCUCCAUUAGCAGCGAGUCUCAAUACUUUGACGCCGCUGAGUCCAUUUUCAGCCAUGAUGAGUCGGAGAUCACCAAGCCAACCGAGAUCACAACUGUUGAUGACCGCGACGACGUUAGCAGAUCUCUGUCCCCCUUCCACGCGCCCCGUUGCACGAACCAGGACCAAGACAUAGACAAGCUCUUCUUACAAGACAAAACAACUACUGGGCCGGCACAAGCGGUCCAUGGUACCUGUAUCAGUGACCUCAGUGAUGGCGAGGCCGACGAUGCUACACCAGGUGUGACGUGGACAGGUACAGACAAGGAUCUGCCUGCCAUCAAGCUUGACCGAAGCCGCGGGCCGGGCCGCCACAACUACAAGGUUGGGUCCAGAGAGGAAAAUGAAAGUGAUAUCCAAUUUGACAGGGCCUCAACUUUGAAUAUCAACGUCCCAUGGAAGCAUCCCAGGGAGAGCACUUCUGAGGCCUGGAAGGUGAUCCAGAGAGUUGAGAGGCUCGGGGUUCUGCAGGAUUUGUCCACGACUAGUCAGUCGGCGGGAGCUGGCAACAUCCAUUCUGUGCCCGGGCCUCUUACCGCCGCCUUGGACAACCUGAUGCCCGCCACACACUGUUGUGCUACCGAAGACAAGUCACCGCCAACGGAAGCACCUUGGCAAGCUGUAUCAUCGCAAAACCUAUCGAAUGCAGCCCGGCAGACCCAGGUCCACGAGUUCCACGGCGCGAUUCACCGCUUGAUGCCGCCCGGCCAGAUCAUCUACUUCGGCAUGGAUGUAGACAGCUUCAGGCAGGAAGGUAUCACUCGCUAUGUCACAGAUCGCAUCCUAGACGCCGCGCUGGACAUAGUAAGGGUAUUCAGAAAGCGGAACCUUGGUAUCGACUUCGCGUACAUGCCGAAGUCGGCCUCGGCUUUCAAUGUCUUCAACAUCCGUUACGACCUCACCCUCGGCACAGGUACCCUAGCGCAGGCUUUCCUCCCCAGCGACUCACGGAGGACCUGGCAACUGGGUAUCUCUCGCCGCCUGGCUCUCUCUGGUAUUGGCUCGCGCGGCUACCUGGACUACCUGCCCAACAUCCUCGCCCACGAGUUCAUGCACAUCCUAGGCCUGCGCCACUGGAACGCCGGAUUCCACGCGAGCGAGAUGCACGAGCCAUCUGUGCUGUGGCCGAAGACGGUCGAGGGGAACAGAGAGUCUGUGAUGAACACCGGGGUGCACCCAAGUCAGUUGCGUUUCUCGGAUGAGGACUUUCGGGUUAUCCGAGAGAUGUAUUCGACUUUCAACGGAGCUCUGUGUGCCGGUCGGAAGAUUAUUGAUAUCGACCCUUACAAUGGACCUUAUGUGGCAUGA